UCUUCAUCUCCUCACUCGCUCAUCACUUGAUUCCUCUCGUGCUUGUUGCUGAGUUAGACUCCACUGCACCGUCACCAUGGCAUCCAUUGUCUCCUCUCACACCAGCUUCUCCUCAGGAGGAUCCAGUGGUUCCCUGCGUUCCGUAGGUGGUGGCCGCGUGAGUAGUGGGAGAGCCCUGAGCGUUUACGGAGGCGCCGGUAGGUAUGGUGUACGUGUCUCAGGUGGCCCCGCGCUCCUCGGCUCUGCAGUUGGAGGUGGCUUCGCGGCAGGUGGUGGCUUUGGAGCAGGCAGCGGUUUUGGUGCAGGCUUUGGAGGAGCCGGGGGCGGUUUCAACCUCAGUGAUGCCGUUGAUGUCUCAGCCAGUGAGAAGCUGACGAUGCAGAACCUGAAUGAGCGUCUGGCCUCCUACCUGGAUAAGGUGCGCUCACUGGAGAAGGCCAACGCCGAUCUGGAGCUCAAGAUCCGUCAGUUCCUUGAGAGCAAGACCUCACCCAAGGCCCGAGACUACUCUGCUUACUUUGCCACCAUCAGUGACCUGCAGGACAAGAUCCAGAAUGCCACACGCAUCAAUGGAGGCAUUUACCUCAGCAUUGACAACGCCAAGCUCGCUGCUGAUGACUUCAGAGUCAAGUAUGAGAACGAGCUGGCCAUGAGGCAGUCGGUGGAGGCUGACAUCGCCGGGCUGAGGAGAGUCCUGGACGAGCUGACGUUGGCCAGAUCAGAUCUGGAGAUGCAGAUUGAGGGUCUGAAGGAGGAGCUGGUCUUCCUCAAGAAGAACCACGAAGAGGACCUCAUCGCUGCACGGUCUCAGAUGAGCGGUCAAGUCCACGUGGAAGUCGAUGCCAAACCACAGGAAGACCUCAACAAAGUUCUGGCUGAAAUCCGCGAGCACUAUGAAGCCGUCGCCGCUAAAAACCGCAGAGAUCUCGAAGCUUGGUUCCAGACCAAGAGCGAGGCGCUGAACAAAGAAGUCGCCGUCAGCACGGAAACGCUCCAGACCAACAGAUCGGAACUCACAGAGGUGAAGCGCACGCUGCAGGGGCUGGAGAUCGAGCUGCAGUCACAACUCAGCAUGAAAGCGUCGCUGGAACACACGCUAGCAGACACACAGGCACGCUACGCAUCCAUGCUAGCAGGCUACCAGCAGCAGGUGAUGAAUCUGGAGGAGCAGCUGGUGCAGCUUCGCGCUGAUCUGGAGCGUCAGGCUCAGGAGUAUCAGAUGCUGCUGGACAUCAAGACCAGACUGGAGCUGGAGAUCGCCGAGUACAGGAGACUGCUGGAUGGAGAAAGUGUCGGAAGCAGCUCCAGCUCCAGCAUCGCCACCAAGCGCCAUGUGGUGACGGUGGUGGAGGAGGUGGUGGACGGCAAAGUCGUCAGCUCCACUUCCAAAUCCGUCACAAAUAAACUGUAAGGAAACAUCGCGAAUGAGAAGAACACAAACAUCCUCCAAGAAACAUGAAUUAUGACAAUGCUAAAACAUCAAUAAAGUGUUCAGUCUUAAACAUG